CACAGAUAGAAUAAAGAACGCUUGAAAGAAUGGCGCAAGACUUAUUUCCGUUCAACUCUCUGAAUUUUCGAAAAUUGCAAAUUAAAAAUAGUGCGUCGCACCACUUUGUAGUUUGAAUGACGCGCUACAUGAUGCCUAAGAAAGUCUAUAAGCAAGUGCUUUAUUGGUCUUCAAAUUAAAAGCGGUUAUAAGAGACAUUUGACCAAACCGGCGUGAAUAUGGCUAAUGUGCGCGAAACUGAAGUUGUUGAAGAAGAUGCAGCUGAUUUACAGUUUCCUAAAGCUUGUUUUUCUUCUGGUGCUGAGUGGGGGCUACAUACCAACGACCAUGAUUACAUUGUCAUUAGAAACGAAUUUUCUAUUUUUGAAGGAAGUAUGUGGUCAGCUAAAGAAGAAAUAGUUUUAUUGAAUGCUAUAGAAGAAUGUGGUUUUGGGAACUGGCCAGAUGUGGCUCGCCGUGUUAGAACCCGUUCCUCAGAUGACUGUGAAAGACAUUACAUGCAAUAUUAUGUAGACAAUCAAUUGAUACCUGAACUUCCAGUGUUUAGAAAAAUGCCUACUAUUGAACAAAAACCUCCAAUCCCAUAUUUUGGUAGUAAUGGAAACGAAAUUGAUGAGCCACCAAGGUAUGAAGUGGACUCGCCGAGAUACAAAUCUUUAGCUGGUUACAAUGCUGGGCGAAGUGAAUUUGAAACAGAGUAUGACCAAUAUGCAGAAGAUGAUAUUUGUGAACUAGAGUUAGAUACAUUUAGAGAAGCUGAUGACUAUCAAGAACUUGGUCAGGCAUUGCAAGUAGCUGUAUUGUCUAGGUAUAAUGAAAGAUUAAAAGAAAGGGCCCGUCGAAAGAAAGUUAUUAGGAAUCAUGGACUUAUAAUGAUGCGAAAGACUACUGCGUGGCAGCAGUAUUAUGAACAAAAUCUCACUCGACAUGUGGUUGAGAAACUUCUUCCAUUUGCUCAAUUGUUAAGUGGUAUGGAUUUAGACUAUAUUAUGGAAAGUCUUAAACAUUCAGCUGAUCUGCGCCAAAGAAUAUUACGAUUAUUUGAACUGCGUGAAAAUGGUAUAACCAAUUUUUUCAGUGCCAAACUUUACUAUAAAUUACUUAAGAAUCGAAUGGAUCACAUUAAGGAACGCAAAUUGUUUCUAGCAAAUCCAGAAUAUUGUUGGCGGAAUGUUAUGAAUGUAUCUCAAACCACAAGUUCAGUGUCUGGGAGUAACCCAAGAAGACCUGCACCUCCUCUUGAUAUUGUUGGUCUGCCAAUGUAUGAGCGUUUGAAUGCAGCUGAGCGUGAAUUGUGUUCUGUUGCAAGAAUUAUUCCUGAAUCAUAUUUGGUGUUUAAGAACGUUUUAAAUACCAUUUUAUUGUAUUUUAUCUCAGAGUUUGAGAAUGCAGAGACCUUGCUUAUCUCUGAAGUCCACAUGUUGUUGGAACAUCGAAAAGCUCAGAAUGAAAGUGCUGAAGAGGAACAGGAAUUUUCAGAUGUCUUCAUGAAAACUUUAACUUACACUAAUCGGUUUCGCAAGUUCAAGAACAAGGAGACCAUCUCUGCAGUUCGAAAUUUGUUGAUGCAAAAGAAAUUACACAAAUUUGAACUUGCUUCACUUGCCAAUCUGUGUCCCGAAACCCCAGAGGAAGCAAAGUCUCUCAUUCCAAGCUUGGAGGGUCGAUUCGAAGAUGAAGAAUUGAGACAAAUACUUGAUGAUAUUCAGACAAAAAGAAGUCUUCAAUAUUAAGUUGUUUUUCUCUGUAUUAAUGGGCUUUGUGAAGUUUCAGUGUUGUGAAUUAUAUUAUAAUUUUGUGUUUAUAAAUAGGUCAUAGUACCAUGCUAUAUAUUUCUGUAUUCUGUAAGGAAGGUGAACAUAAUUUUUGUUAAACUAUGAAGAUCUUUUCCAUGGAUAAAUUUUGAUAUGAGCUGGAAUUCUUGUUUCACUUGUCUCUUACACCUGUAUUCAAUGUUAAUAAUUAUAUUCCAGUAUUAUUUUAUGAGUGUAUGCAUUUUUCUGCAUUUUCAUUUCAUUGAAAUUAUCAAUAGUCUUUACCAAAGAGUGAAAAGUGUAUUGUUUAUCUGAACAACUAUAAAAAAAUUAGCCAUGUUCUUAUGUAUUUUAUAUUUAAUUUGUGAGGUAUUUUCCAUUUUGUCACAUUCUCCUUAAAUAAAAGGAAUAGGCUCUUGUUAUA